UUUGAUUCCUCAGGCAGGCUCGAUUCGAUCUCUCAAUCGAAGUUCGUAGAGAUUUCUCUUCCGCUAAUCUCUCCGAUUUCGGUGUGUUUUCCAAGGAAACGAUGCUGGGAACGAAGAAGAAGAAGGGAUCCAUCAGCGAGGAAGACACCUCUUUGCUCCUCCAAAGGUACAGUGCUACAACAAUUCUCUCUCUUCUUCAGGAGGUUUCUCAGUUUGCCAGUGUCAAAAUAGAUUGGAAAGCACUUGUGCAGAAAUCCUCCACUGGAAUAUCCAGUGCGAGAGAAUAUCAGAUGCUUUGGCGGCAUUUAGCAUAUCGGGACUCUUUGCUUGAAAAAGUAGAAGAUGGAGCUGAGCCACUGGAUGAUGAUAGUGAUUUGGAAUUUGAAGUCGAAGCUGUUCCUGCUGUCAGCAGUGAAGCAUCAUCAGAAGCUUCAGCUUGUGUCAAGGUUUUGAUAUCUUCUUGCACAUCUAACGACCACGGGCAAUCAAAUCGUUCAACUUUAGAAGCUCCUUUGAUGAUAAACAUCCCUAAUGGGCAGGUAUCAUCUGUCACAUCAGAUGAACAGCAGCAGCCCCAUACAAACCGUGGAAUGAACAUUGCAGUUCCUGUUUCGAUUCAGAAACAACCACAGCCACCAGGAUCAUCCACCGAAGUGUUGGAUGGAAAUGUAUCAGCAGGUGGUUCAGGUUUGCCUCCAAAAAAGAAGAGAAAAACAUGGACCAAAGAGGAGGAUAUGGAACUUAUAGCUGCUGUCCAAAAGUAUGGUGAAGGGAAUUGGGCUACCAUUCUUAAGGGUGAUUUCAAGCAUGACAGAACUGCCUCACAGCUUUCCCAGAGAUGGUCUACCAUCAGGAGGCGCCAGACUAACUUGACGGCAGGCAGCGUCAACAACCCAAGUGGUGGUAAUCAAUCAGAGGCGGUGCUUGCAACUCGGAAUGCAGUUUCUAUGGCUCUCAACAUGCCUUCAUUUGGAAGCCUAUCAGCAUUAUGUUCAGGUGCAACUCAAUCGAGCAUUCCGUCUGGUACGGCAGCAACCCCAUCUGUGCCACCCGAAUCGGCACCUGUUUCUGCUCCUCAAACAGUGAACCAACCCCAACCAGCUGCCAACCAAGUGACUGUCACAUCACAAAAGGCACCCUCAGCUUCAUCAACCAGGUCACGAGCCACGAAGAAAUCAUCUGCUCCCGGGAAGCCUGCAGUUGGAAUGCCAAAGAAUUCUAUGAUACAAGCAGCUGCCUUCGCAGCUGGGGGGCGAAUUGCCACACCUUCCACUGCUGCCUCUUUGUUCCGAGCAGCCUUGUCCAAGAAUGCAGUUCACUUCAGACCUGGAACAACUUCUCUUCCUAAAUCAUCUGUUAAAAGUACUAAACCUUCAUCAGCUACCAACACCUCGGGAUCUCAGCCUGUAAGUUUACACAGUAGCAAGCCUUCUGUGAUGCCUCCACCACCGAGUGGUCCAAGGGUUCCCAGCCAGCAAACACAAGAGAGCUCCGGAAAAGUAACAACACAAACCCCUCCAACUAACUGUGCUACUACAACAGAUGCAUCAGCUCAGCAGUUAGCUACAGAGCCAAACUCUGCUGGAGUAUCAAACUGCGUUUCUGCCCCUGAAAGAACCAUGAAAAAGAAUGGUAAUGAAAUUCCCAUGACCAAUGUGGUUGAUUUGGAUGAGGCAACAACCCAAGAUCAUCAGCCCACUUUGGCUGCCGGUGACAUUGAUAGUAGAAAAUGUACCGAGGCUGGUAACAAUCAAGCUACCGUAGACAUGCAGGUUGAUACCUCAAACUGUGAAGCGGGCAACAAAGCAGAGCCAGUAGACACCAAACCUGAGAUGUCUGAGAAUCAAACCAAAGUAAACGAUUCAAAUUUAUCUUGUUCAAAGACUGACAUGGACAUCGAUGGCACGGUUAACCCUCAUUCAGAUUGUGUGAUAGUUACAGAUAACAAGACCAAGGAGACUAAUGAUCAAAACAAACAGUAGAAGCAUCAACACCUCAUCAAAUCAACGGCUGAAUUUAGAAAUGCCAAUGGAGAUAUCAAAUGAUUCCUUGUCAGAAAUAAGUUACUGUGAGUUACAUUCAUAUUUCCUUCCAUUUCUUUUGUUCAAUUGGCAACUAGAUUGUCUAAAAAUUUAUGAAUCAUUUCAACUUCCUAGAAGAAGCAAUUCAAGUUGAUUUCGAAUUGUA